AAGCUGGUCUAAUAGUCUCUGGUGCUCUCCCAGGCUCCAGCACUUCCAAAGUACUUAACAUUUUGAACUGGUCCACCUUAACUGAGAGGAGGAUCCUCCACUUUAAAACAAUUAUGUACAAAGCCGUGAACGAUUUAACACCUAUUUAUAUCUCAGAUAUAUUUAGGCCAUUCAUAAACCCUCAAGCAAGAUUGUUAAGGAAAUCUCGAGAUUUCACUAUCCCUAUUCACUAUCCACAUAAGUCUCCAAUAUACAAAAUGAUGAACCUAUGGAAUGAUCCAGGAUCUGUUCCCUUGGAACAAAAGCUCUUGCCAACUAUUGCAUCUUUUAAAAGAACACUUAAAUUAAAUUUGUUCCCUGGUGUUGUUUCAACUAUUUGUUUAAAAUUAACUCGUCAACAAGAACUUUAUCUGAAUAGAGCCAGGGUAGAUUUAAUUUUAAAAGCCCAGCUCAAAGCCCACAAUUGGAGCUCAGUUGAGUCAUCAAAUUGUUUAUGUGGUUCCCCUGAAACUUUUCCCCACUGUUUCCAUUUUUCAACAUACUACCCCCCCCCCCAGGAUAUCAGCAGCCCUCCUAUCUUUUGUUUCAUUGCAAGGCAUUCUACCAUAUACAGGUGACAUCCAGGUUAAAAUGAAUACUGUACUUUAUUGUUUAUUUAUAUAAGGGGACAUCUAAUGCUUACAGCGCUUUGCCCCUUGUAAUUGUAUCUAAAUGACUUGUGCUUACAAUAAAUAUGAAAGAUGAUAAAAAAAACAUUCUU